CUAGUGUCCGCCAUCUUUGAUUUUUGGGGGGACAGGCCGCGGCGCGAGCGGGGCCUCACUCAACCAUAAAAACGGUCAGACACGAGAUAACCGAGCUACGGGACAACCGGGAAUCCUGCGCGCCGGCUCCCCACAACCAAGGCCCAGCACCCGAGGACAGAGCCGCGGCUAGAAGCGGCGGGGGACGCAGAAAGCAAGCAGCCCUCCCUGCAUGUGGACAGCGGUUUGUUGGCAGCUAGCGACUGCAGCUAAACACGGCUAGCCAGCUUUUGUAAUCCGCCGGCGAGACAGACGUUCGCUCACGUCCGACCAGGCCGAGACUGGAUUUUUGAGUUGCGGACAUAAAACACUGCAGAAGGCAAGGGACUCAGCGGCCGUGGCAGGAGGCUGGUUCUGGGGCCGAGGCCAAAGGACCAGACUCAAUGAGUUUCCAGCGAAAUGUCAGAGAAGUCAGGGCAGAGCACCAAGGCAAAGGAUGGCAAAACAAAAUAUGCAACCCUUAGCCUCUUCAACACCUAUAAGGGCAAAUCUCUGGAAACCCAGAAAACCGCUGUGGCUGCCAGACAUGGGCUCCAGAGUUUGGGCAAAGUUGCCGUCAGCAGGCGCAUGCCCCCUCCAGCUAACCUGCCCAGCCUAAAGGCAGAGAACAAAGGAAACGACCCCAACGUCAACAUAGUCCCCAAAGACGGCAGUGGCUGGGCGUCUAGAGCUGAGCCAGGAGAGGAAAGGCAACAGGAAACCCCCCCACCUCAAAACAAACCAGCACCACUCCAGUCACAAGAGCUUUCUACUGGAGGAAGCCGCUCCUGGGCAAAUAACAAGCAGCCGCAGCUCGAUGGAUCUCCUCGUGUAAGCACUCAUUUUCAUCAAGAGUUUCCCAGCCUGCAGGCAGCUGGUGAAGCUGAGAAAGGAGAUGGUCAGGAUGAAGAGCCUUAUGGACCGGGCCCAAGCCUCAGACCGCAAAAUGUUGGCAGUUGGCGUGAAGGUGGAGGCAGGAAUUUGAACACAGCAACCAGCCCCCCUGAGAUGGACACCAAGCCUCAGGAGGAGAGCAGUCCAAGCCUCGGUACCGCCACACCCCCUGUUGAAGCUGAAGAACCUAGCCGAAAUUCAACGACUGAAGGUCAAAGGGAGCAGAAAAGGGAUGGCAGAGAGAGGUGUCCUCCACCCGUCGCCUCUCAGCCUAAACUUAAUGGGGGGCAGCAGCCUCCUGCAGGCCUGCCAACUCACUUUGACCCUGCUUUUAGGAGCAUGAUGCCACCUUAUAUGUUCCAUGCCUAUCCGCAAGUGUCGUUUGCCCCCGGACAGGCGAACUUCAGAUACCCUGUGCCACAGGAUGGCGGAAAGAUCCCCAGGGGUUCUCGUUCAGCGCGGCCCCAGCAGCCACCCCCUCAAUCCUGGCUCCUAGACCCCGACAGACCCUCCAUCAUCAGUGCAACGGAACUGAAGGAGCUCGACAAUUUAGACACCGAUACGGAUGAAGGCUGGGCAGGCGCUCAGAUGGAAGUCGACUACACCGAGAAACUGAACUUCAGCGACGAUGAGGAAAACCAAGCUGCUAAAGAAAAAGGAGAAAACUGGGAGUGGAUAAGGUCUCGGACAUCGGAGAACCAGGAAGGUUGGAAGGAUGGAUCUGAAGAGCGUGGGGCCACCAAGACCUGGGCUGACAGCGUUGAUCCUAGAGCACCAUCACCUGGCAGUGUGGGGCAGUACAGUAAAUUGCCUGCUUCACUGGACUACCAGAGUGGGGCUCGGUCUGGCAGUAGCGGUGCUCCACGGGGCAACAAACCACAAGCAACUGUAGCACCGGGCGCAGACGAAGACUCUGAAGCCUGGCGACAGAAAAGAAAGAAGCAGUCUGAAAUCUCUGAAGCCGUAGAGCGGGCGAGACGGAGGAGAGAAGAGGAGGAGCGACGCAUGGAGGAGCAGAGGCUGGCUGCUUGUGCUGAAAAACUGAAACGUUUAAAUGAGAAACGCAGACAGGCCAACGAGGGCAAACCUGCCAGCGAUCAAACCACUAAUGAAGAAGCGAACGUUGCUGGAGAGGAAGCCUUAUUAGCAUCCGUUCCCGCAUCCAGUCCUGUGCCCCCCGUCUCAGUUCAACAGUCGGAGGUCCCAGUUGGGCAAUCGGAGAGGGCGGAUCGAGACGGGGAAAGGACGGAGCGAGAAGAACCCAGCACUGAGGAAGAGCCUGAGCGAACGCAGCCCAGCCCCCCCGUCCAAAGACCUGUAACUGUAGCCCAAGAGCCUCAGGGUGAAGGAGAAACCGCUCUGACUGAAGGUGGUCCACUGGUGCAGGAGAACCAGACCGACAGGACGUCUGUACAGAUUCAGGAUUAUUUUAACAUGGAGGAGAACAGAGUGGAUGAGUCCCACCUGCCCAUGCCUCACAUGGAGCCUCCUGGAGGGGAGGAAGUACCCGUCGCACCCCCACCACUGGAAGGAGAGGCAGCAACUGCUAUGCGUCCGUCUGUGAUCUCAGGCUACUCUAAACAGUUCCAGAAGUCUCUGCCACCACGGUUCCUCAGACAGCAGGAGCAGAUGAAGCAGCAGCAAUGGCAACAGCAGCAACAGCAAAGCGGAGGUUCUGUGUCGCCGUCGGGUGGUGGCAGCGUUCCAGCUACCCAGCAGCAGCAGCAACACCGCUCCAUGUACCAACCUAUGGGCCCCCACCACCAGCACCUUCCCUCUAUGGGGUUUGACCCCCGCUGGCUCAUGAUGCAACCCUACAUGGACCCCCGCAUGAUGUCGGGCCGCCCCCCUAUGGACAUCCCAGCAAACAUCCACCCUGGGCGAAUGCCUCAGAAGCAGAUUGUCCGCAGAGAACCGGGUGACAACUCCAGUUCUAGCUCUGAUUCGUUUGACCACUUGUCCCGACCAGUACGAGACCACGGCUUCCCCACAGACUCGCGGAUGGUCUGGGGAACAGACCCCUACCCACAGUCAGAACCAUUGCCUUCGGCUACUCCCCCUAAACGCGAGGACAAUAAGGAGCAAAGGAUUGACUCUGGUUUGGAUCUGGACAGGGGUCUGCCAGCUAUUUAUGCUCAGGAUCAUGGUGUGGUGGAGACCCGUAAGAAUGCCUUCUUUCGGGAUUCAGAGUCACUGUCUGCGUUUACUCAGGGCCUGGAGGAUGUGCCGGGGCCUCUAGAUAGGGCCCCUGUAAGCUCAACUUUUGAAGCUGACGAGCAAGGCCUGCCUAGUGGGGAGGAAGUGGAAGCUCUCGGUCAGGCCAUGCUCCAGAGAAGUGUGUCUCAGGGUUCCAGCCACUCCCUUAAGCUGGAUGAACCCAGGUUUGAUGGGCUACCCCUGGCUGCAAAACCGCUAGAGCUCCAAGACGAAGGUGAGCGAGCGGCUGAUAAGCCACAAAGUGAGCUCUACUCCCAGGCUGCUGUAGCGAGCAACAGGGCUACACCGCCAGCAGAUGGAUUGCUCAAAUCGGAGAAGCUCCCUCUGCCGGCUCCAAGCAAGCAGAAAGCUGAGCUCCGGUGGGGUGGGAGAUCGGGGUCCGGUCGCAGAGACGGACCAGGAGGAGAGAGACCUGUUCGCAGGUCGGGGCCUAUAAAAAAGCCUGUUCUGAGGGAUAUGAAAGAAGAGCGGGAGCAAAGAGAAGAGCGAGAGAAACGUCACGAGAGAGGGGAGAAAGGGGACCGAUCCAAAAAGGAUCAGUCCGUUAAAGCGCCAUCAGCAGCUGCAGCCGUCUCUGAAAGCUCUCGAGCUCAGGCUGAAGUGAAGAAGGAACCUGCUGAAGCCGAUGAAGCCCCAGUUGCCCACCAUAGGGCCAGAGACUCACAGCCUUCUUCUGGGGUUCCCACCUCUUCUUCCCAAGAAGAGAAACCAGAUAAACUUCCAUGUAACGACAAGCAUCCAGAACCAAAACUUCCCAGCCGGAAGGAGCCCCAUCUCCCUACGCGUGCCUACAGAAGAGAGGAAAGGGAGCGGGAACAGGACAGAGACAGAGAAAAGGAAGCUGAUAAGGAGAGGGAAUGGCCUAUGGACUCCAGUUUUAAAGGCCGCGGUCGAGGGGAGUACUACUCCAGAGGGCGGAGCUACAGAGGAAGUUACAGCGGUCGUGGCAGGGGAAGUCGUGGCCGUAGCCGGGCGGAGUUCGCCUACAGAGAGGCACGAUUACGCUCCGAUUUACCUUCCGCUGGAGGCGCCGCAGCCUUCCGUAACAGAGAGGAAAGUGAAACACGCAGCGAGAGCUCGGACUUUGAAGUCAUUCCAAAACGCAGGCGGCGGCGUGGUUCGGACUCGGACUCUGAAAGUGCAGGCGGCAGAGAAUCGGCCAGCGACACCGGACCCUCCGACCGGGAGCCCAGCACCAAACCCAGCCGUCCACUAAGAAGAGAUCUCCCCGCUGAGGCGCGUCUGGGACCCCACAAGCUGGGCUUUGAGCCGCCGCAUGUCGGGGAAAAGGCUGGAAUGAGAGGAGAAGACGACAGCAGACCAAAACCAGGCUUUCUUCCAAAGGGAGAGCCUUCUCGGCGAGGGCGGGGGGGAUUGUACAGCAGGCGAGGUGGAACCAGGGAGCGCGGGGGUCCACGCUCAGCCCCUCUUCGACGAUCCGGACCCAGGGACUCUUCCUCUCAGUGGCCUUCUAAACCGAUGGAGACGUUCAGGCCCGAGGAGGCAGACUGUGCAAUGAGAUACGACAACCCCCCUGCUGAUCGACGACCCCCGAAAUUGGAGGGAAAGAAAUUUGGAGAGGGGGGUCCUCAGAGCAGCAGAGAGAGACCCCGCAGAACUCGACCAGCUAGACCCCCGAGGCAGGAUAAACCUCCCCGCUUUAGGCGCUUGAAAGAGCGCGAGGCAGCUGUGUUGGGAACUGGAUAUUCUGCGACCAGUCCUCCUGUUCCGUUGCCUUCUGUGGCUGCUUCAGCCGCCCCCAGUUCUGCACCCGCUUCAGUGUCCCAGUCACCCACCAUGUCUCGAGCUCCAGGAACUCCUCUAACUGUGCCUGCGGAGGUGGCAGCUGCUGCACCUGCACAUGACCAAACAGCCCCCAUAGAAACAUCCCUGCCUGAGACCAGCGGUUCCACCAUCACUGCAGUGGGCAGCAAGUCCCCCGACUUGUCCAACCAGAACUCCUCAGAUCAAGCAAAUGAGGAGUGGGAGACCGCCUCAGAGAGCAGCGACUUCAAUGAAAGGAGAGAACGAGAGGAGAGGAAAGGAGCACUGGAAGCUGCUAAUGAGGCAGCCGCUGCUUCUGCCCCAGCACCCACACCCCCUCAGGGCACUUUGACGCCUAGUAAAAGUCCACCGGAUGGAGGUGUGACUCCAAAACGAGAAAUAUCCCAAACGGCCAAGAGGAGUUUCUCAAGUCAGAGACCUACGGAGAGGCAGAAUCGUAGAACGCAGAGCGGAGCCAAACCAGGACGGAGUUACGCAGGAGGCAAAGGAGACAGGAGAGGAGGGGGCAAGACUGGACGCAAAGGCCCUGCAGCUCAGCAGAACUCGGAGACGUCGGUCCCAGCAGCUGGAGGAAGCUCCCAGAGAGCUGCCAAGGAUCAGCCUGCAAGACGCAAAGAUGAGGCCAAGCAGCCCAUCAAGAAGCCAAAGGAGAACGCCCUUUCUCAGUUUGAUCUUAACAAUUAUGCAAGUGUUGUGAUUAUUGAUGACCAUCCUGAGGUGACCACCACAGAGGAUCCACAGUCCAGUGCCAACGAUGAUGGUUUCACAGAAGUAGUUUCCCGCAAGCAACAGAAACGACUGCAGGACGAAGAGAAACGCAAGAAGGAGGAGCAGACGUCUCAGAAUUGGGGUAAGAAAGGUUCCGGUGAGAAAAGCAGAGGAAGUGGAGGAAAGCUGCCACCCAGAUUUGCCAAAAAGCAGUCAUCCCAGCAGCAGCCUCAGCAGCAGCAGGCUGCACAGCCUCAGCCUCCUGCAGCCGCCGCCGCCCAGCAGCCGCCACCGCCGCCGCCUGUCUCUGCAGCGCAGCAUCCUCACCACGCUCCCUCACAGCCUGCUGCAUCUCCUCAAACUCUAGAAGGAGCGGUGGCUCCUCUACCCUCCAUUCCUCCGGCUACCGUGGAGUUCACUUCAAAGACCCUCCCCCCUGCGCCUGCACAGCCGCACAACACUCUGGGUACAGAGCUGUGGGAGAACAAGGUGGCGGGCUCCGCUGCCCUUCCUGAUGUCAAGAAACUAGGUCCCAUCAGCCCUCCUCAGCCCCCCUCUGUGAGCGCUUGGAACAAACCUUUAACCUCCUUCACCGGCACCGUCUCCUCUGAGGGUGGGAAGCCCGGAGCUGACGGCUCUGUGGAGUUAGGCAUAGACAGCAUUCAGUUUGGAGCGCCGUCAUCUGCAGGAAGCACCGACAGUGACGGAGGACCAGCCCUGCUGGAAACCGUCUCUGAAAGCAAACUUCCUGCUCCCAAAGAACAAAGACAGAAACAACCACGAAGCGGUCCAAUCAAAACCCAAAAGCUUCCUGAGAUGGAACCAGUAGAACCCAAGGAGUACAAGCCAGGUCCCAUCGGAAAAGAACGCUCUCUGAAGAACCGCAAGGCCAAAGACGCACGCGGAGCCGAAGCUGAAGGGAUGGAGGGAGGAGUAACGGGUGGAGGCGUCAGCAGAGCCACAGACUCCAGUCCUCCCACCAGUGACACCACAGUACCAGAACUGGGAGGGGACAUCGAGGGCAUGAUCACCGUCCCCUCAGCAGAGUACUCCAGUAACUCCAAGGAGUCUGUCACAGACUACACCACCCCCUCCUCGUCUCUGGCGGACAGCGUUCCCACAGGAGGCAACAAAAUGGAGGACAGCUUAGUGGCCAAUGUGGCGCUCCCCCACUCGCUGCCCCUUCCUCGCAGAGAGACCCUACAGCAGAGCUCCAGCCUCAGCACGGUUUCUCCUGCUACUGUUGACCUAACACUAAAAAUGGAGUCUGCUCGGAAAGCUUGGGAAAACUCUCCCAGUUUGGAGAAAAGCUCUCCAGUCACCUCCUCGUCCUCCCCAAACACCUCCUGUGCUUCCUCAUACUCCUCCUUCUCCUCGGCCUCCAUGCCCCAGAUCCCCGUGGCAUCCGUAACCCCCAGCACUUCUCUGCCAGCAGGUUCUGGUACCUACACCACAUCGUCCCUCAGCACAAAGACCACAUCAGCCUCCGACCCUCCUAACAUCUGUAAGGUGAAACCGCAGCAGCUCCAAGGCGGAAGCCUGUCCUCCUCCACCAGCAGCAGCUUCUCUCAGCUGGGCUGCGUGCCCCCCCUCCUGCCUCAGCAGCAACAGACCCCACAGGUGUACGUUUCCCAGGCCGCAGCAGGUUCUGCAGCUCAGAUUCCAGCCUUCUACAUGGACACUAGCCACCUGUUCAGCACCCCGCACCCUCGCCUCGCCGCCCCUUCUCUGGCGCAGCAGCAAGGCUUCCAGCCGGGCCUUUCGCAGCCAACAGCAGUGCAGCAGAUUCCCAUUCCCAUCUACGCUCCGCUUCAAGGCCAGCCUCAGCACCAACACACCCACCAGGCUCAGCUGGGACUCGGCACCGGCCCGCCCGUGUCUCAGCCACAGGACCUGUUCAGCUCUUCACUUCAGCCUUACAGGUCACAGCAGGCGUUCAUGCAGGGCAGCUUGUCCCAGCCGUCCAUGAUGCUGUCCGGACCGUCCCUGCACAGCUACCCGGGGGUUCAGGCUCCCGACCUGGGCAAGCCUCAGUCCAGCCUGGCCUAUCAGCAGCCCUCCUCCACCCAACACAUUCCCAUUCUGUUUGAGCCGCCGCUCAACCAGGCCUCAGGGAUGGGAGGGUCCCAGCUCAUAGAUACGCACCUGCUGCAGAAGCAUUUGGCAUUGCUGACUCCUCAGGCUCGCCAGGGGAUGAAUCAGCAUUCUAACAUGUACUCGGGGCAGGUGCAGCAGCAUGGUCAGAGCAGUUACUAUAGCAACACGCAGUCUCCCAGCUCUGCAAUGCAGCAGGUAACUGUCCCUCUGCCUGGUUCCCAGUUGUCUCUGCCGAACUUUGGGUCAGGAGGUGGUCAGCCUCUGCUCGCUCUGCCGCCCACUCCUCCCCAACCCCAGCCUCCAAACAUCAACCGCCAGCCCCCGGUGUCUCAGCCCUACCGAGGCAUCAUGGGUCCAAACCAUAACAUGAUGCAGCCUCCAACCAGCAAGAUGGACAUGGAUCUCAAGCUGUUCGGCAGCGGGAUGGACGUGAAGCCCGGGACUCCUCCAGUCGGCGGCAGGAGCACCACCCCCACCUCCAGUCCUUACCGGGCCAGCUCCACUUCUCCCAGUAGCCAAUCCAGUAAAAUGAACAGCAUGCUUUACCAGAAGCAGUUCCAGCCCAGUUCUGCAGGCCUGAGAAUGACUCAGCAUUUCCCCGGCCAGUUCAACCCACAGAUGCUGUCUCAGCCCAAUAUCGUCUCUCCUCUGGUUCGCCCUCACCACGCAAACUCCUUUGGAGGAGGAGUCCAGCGCUCCUCAAUGGGUCCUCCUAUUUCACCCAACAUGAGUGGUGGGCUGAUGCCUCACCCCCGACCCCAGCACAGUCAGCACCCUCCCAGGGGCCCCUCUGGCUCCUCCCUUCCACCCAGAGGGACACAAGCAGCCCUGAAGGCUGAGCAGGACCUAAAGGCAAAGCAGCGCGCUGAAGUUCUUCAGUCGACUCAUAAGUUCUUCUCAGAGCAGCAGCAGCAGCAGCUGAAGGCCCCUCAAGUCAGCAAGCCUCGGCUCGAUCAAGGAGGAAAAGCUCCGCUCGACCCGUCGGCCACCAACCACCAGGCAGCCGUGGAGCGACCGGAUGCCGACAAACCUGCUGCAUCCACGGCCAAGCCCAUUCGAACUGGCCCCAUUAAACCACAGGCCAUCAAACCAGAGGAGGGCAAAUAACGAGCCGCCAGCCCCAUCGAGACGA